UUUGUUGAUCAGUUUGCUUAUCAAGAAAACACACGACACUCGUGCUGCGUGCAAUCUGCACGCCGAACUAGUCGACCCUCGCUAAGACUGGCGUUUAUAAGAUCGUCAGAGGCCACCAUUAGUUAGUCUCGCAACCGACUCCAAAAACGUAGCAUUUUCACACUAUGGCGCGAGUAGAUGGAGUGGACAACGAAAUCAAAUCGUCAGCAUUGGAUCUCAUUGGCAACACACCGAUCGUCGCUCUGGACCGCAUACACCCCGGACCGGGCCGCAUCCUAGCCAAAUGUGAGUUUAUGAAUCCAGGCGCCUCCAUCAAAUGUCGGUCAUCGCUGCACAUGAUAAAAAAAGCAUUGAAAAACGGCGAGCUGCAGCCGGGGCAACCGGUAGUCGAAGUGACCUCAGGCAACCAGGGUUGCGGCCUUGCUGUCGUGUGCUCUGUACUGGGACACCCACUCACCUUAACCAUGUCCAAGGGCAACAGUGCGCAACGCGCUAUUCACAUGGAAGCGCUCGGUGCUAAGUGUAUCAGAGUGCCGCAAGUAGAAGGAACGUACGGAAACGUUACUCUCGCUGACGUAAAAGCCGUUGAAGAAGUUGGUUUGAAGAUUGUCGAUGAAAGCAAGGCCUUUUACGUAAACCAGUUCAACAACGAGGGUAAUUCAGAAUCGCAUUAUUUAACUACCGGCCCUGAGAUUUGGAGGCAAACGGGACAACAUGUUGACGUGUUUUUGGCCACCGUUGGAACGGCUGGAACGUUUGUCGGAACUGCAAAAUAUUUAAAGGAGAAAAAUCCUAAUUUGUUAACGUUCGUUGUGGAGCCUGCAGGUUCGGAGCCAAUAAAAGGAAAACCGAUCACAAAACCACUGCAUUUACUUCAAGGUUCUGGAUAUGGAUGUGUUCCUAAUUUGUUUAAAUUCGACUUUAUGGAUGGGACUGUGAGUAUAUCUGAUGAUGAAGCAGUGAAAUAUAAGCAGCUUAUAGGUGAGAAGGAGGGACUUUACGUCGGAUACACUAGCGGUGCCAACGUCGCUGCAGCAGUGAAACUUCUGGAGUCUGGGAGGGUCCCGAAGGAUUCUUGGAUAGUAACCACACUUAAUGAUACAGGUUUGAAAUAUACACCAGUGCCCGAAGAAUUAACAAAUUAACUGUACCGCAUACUGCGACGUAUAGGUAUUUUUAAUUGUACAUUUAGGAAUACUUCUGAUUUUACAAUUGUUAAUUAGUUUUUCUUCGUGAAAAAUAUUUGCUCGUAAGUAAUAAACUAGCUAAAUAAAUUAUUUGCUGAUUAAGUUAUGGUAUCUUCUUCUUCUUGACCUUAUCCCACUCAUGUGGGGUCGGCGCAGUAUGUAAGUUCAUUCCAUUUCGUUCUGUCAUUUGCCAUAUCCAUUGAUACUUCUUUCCUGCUCAUACUAUCCUUGACACACUCCAUUUCUUCUUAGGCCUUCCUCUAUUCCUGGAACCCUUUACUUCCAUAUUUAAUGCCCUUUGAGUGACGUGAUUUUCAUCUCUUCUUAAAAUAUGCCCGUACCAGCCUAACCUAUAACUAUGUAAUUUCUUUGAUAAUAAUAAUAAAAACAAUAAGUUAUGGUA